AUGACAGCAUGGGAAUCUAUGGAAGAGAACAGGAGAAAUCUUGAGACUCUGAUGGCAAGAUUAAAAUUGGAAGAGUCAGGCUUAAACAGGGAGAGAUUGAGAAAGACAAUGGACAAGCUUGAGAAUCUACAAUGUAACAGCAGAUACAGUAAAAAGGGAACUGGAAAAGCUCAAAAGGGAACAGAGGAAGAACUACAACUGCAAACUAAUAGAUUGUACGACUUUGAAUAUGAAAAACUAAUCAAAUUAAGUUCAGACUUGGGAUUUAAAACAUUGUUUGAAUCAAUGCCCAUAACACAGUUUUGGAUUAAAGUUAAAUCUGAAUAUCCAGUUUUACAUAAAAAGGCAGUUAGGAUGUUACUACCUUUUUCAACAACGUACUUAUGUGAAUCAACGUUUUCAGCAAUGGUAAUGAUAAAAUUGAAACAACGAAAUCGUUAUAGUGUUAGUUCUGCCUCACGCCUUGCAGUUACCACCUUAACUCCAAGAAUUGAUGAUCUUACUAGCAAAAAAGAAAAGCAGCGAUCACAUUGA